CAUCGAGCUCUUUGACAACGUCCUCAACACCUUUGAAACCGUCAACGAAGAAGUCGAAAAAGCCAAAAAUAACCCCAAUGAUAGCAUAGACAGCUCCGACCUCAGCAGCGCGCUUGACGAAAUCUUCGGGUCCAUGACCGACGCCCUCAAACGCAACCUAGAAACCCUCCUCGGAAGAUCAGAGCAAGUCACAGAAUGGGACACACUGCCCGCAUUCGGAAACACGGGGAGUUUGAAGACGGGUUUAGGCAAGUUCCUCAACAACCCAAUCUGGCUUCUCGAGAACGACUCGGAAUCACUGAAAGCCAUCAUGGCGACCGCCGCGACCAACAUCCAAUACAAGCUCAUUGACAUGAAGCUUCGCAGCGAGAGAUACCACCUCACCCUCGACAACCGUGGCAAUAAUUGCGACGGCAAGGGUGCGCGCACCAUCAACUACGCUGGCGGUGAAUAA